UGUCCAUAUCACACGCAACGAAAAAUGUUGGCGUGCCACGCGCCACCUUCAUUGAUAAACACACUCCAUUUUCACUCCUUCACUACCUUCUCUAUUCGCAGACUUUCACUAUUUCCAGCAACCAAGCUUCUUUGUUUCCACAAUUUCCAGGUUCCAGCCCGUACAUUGACUGCCAUGGCUGGGGCUAACUCAUCCACAUCCGGUGACCAAUCCUCUGACCAUGUCCCCGGAAACUGGUACUCUGUGCCGGACCUCAGACUUCGCGACCACCACUUCACUGUACCUUUGGACUACUCUCUGAACCUAAGAACUUCUCCUAAAAUCUCGAUCUUCGCUCGCGAAAUCGUUGCUGUUGGAAAAGAAGAACAGCCCCUGCCAUACUUAUUAUACCUACAAGGUGGACCUGGGUUUGAGUGUCAGAGACCAACAGAAGCCAGUGGAUGGAUGCAUAAAGCAUGUGAAGAAUUUCGGGUUGUGUUGAUGGAUCAGCGGGGAACAGGCCUAUCAACUCCUUUGACAUCUUCAUCUAUGUUGCAAUUGAAGGCAGCAGAGAGUUUGGCUGACUACUUAAAAUACUUUCGAGCUGAUAAUAUUGUGAAAGAUGCUGAGUUUAUUCGAGUGCGUCUGGUUCCUGAUGCUGGACCAUGGACCAUUUUGGGUCAGAGCUAUGGUGGUUUUUGUGCUGUUACCUAUUUGAGUUUUGCACCGGAAGGACUAAGACAUGUCCUUCUAACUGGAGGAAUUCCUCCCAUUGGAAAUGGAUGCACUGCAGAUGCUGUGUACAAAGCAUGCUUUGGACAGAUUAUAAAUCAAAAUGACAAGUACUACAAGAGGUAUCCUCAGGAUAUUGAGAUUGUUCGCGAACUUGUAAAGUAUUUAUCAGAAUCUGAAGGAGGCGGGGUUGCUCUUCCAUCUGGGGGCAUCUUAACAUCAAGGGGACUGCAAACUCUUGGUCUUUCAUGUCUUGGAUCCAGUAAUGGUUUUGAGCGAUUGCAUUACAUGUUAGAGACGAUCUGGGAUCCUGUUAUAAUUCCAGGAUCACCAAAGCGUAUCAGUAACAACUUCUUGAAUGCUUUUGAGAAGUCAAUUUCUUUCAUUACAAAUCCACUUUACGCUCUUCUGCAUGAGGCCAUAUACUGUCAGGGAACUUCCUCACUGUGGUCUGCUCAAAGAAUAAGGACUGAAUAUGAGGAAAAAUUUGAUGCAAUCAGGGCUGCAAAACAAGGAGACCCUGUAUACUUCACUGGGGAGAUGAUUUUCCCAUGGAUGUUUGAUGAGAUUCAUGCCUUAAAGCAAUUCAAAGAUGCUGCUCAUAUAUUGGCUGAGAAGCAGGAUUGGCCUUCAUUAUAUGACACCACGGUACUAAAUAACAACAAGGUACCUGUUGCAGCUGCUGUAUAUUACGAUGAUAUGUUUGUUAACUUCAAGCUGGCCAUGGAAACCGCUUCGCAGAUUGCCGGGAUUCGGUUGUGGAUAACUAAUGAGUACAUGCAUUCUGGUCUUCGUGAUGCAGGUACUCGGGUUUUCGAUCAGUUGAUGGCAAUGUUAAAUGGGAAGAAGCCUUUGUUCUGAUCUCUCUCUGAGUUUCAAACCAAAAUUAUGUGCUUGAUUUGGAGUUACAUUAAUGUUCUCAUUAUUUUAGACUGUUACAUUUAGGUUGUUACUUGAUUAUUAUUAUUAUUUUUUUUCCAAGCAUUUGUGUCAUACCAAAAAAAAAAUUCGAAGUUUUGAACCGCCAGAUAUUUAUUCCAGUAUAAGGUUAUUUA